AUGCUCUUAUUUUGGAUUUUGCUCCUAGUAGUUGGAGCCGUAGCCUCUGACUAUGACUACAUUAUUGUUGGCGGAGGCACAAGCGGGUUAGCUGUUGCCAACCGACUGGCCCAAGAUCCAAAGGUAUCAGUUUUAGUUAUUGAGGCCGGAUCAUCUGUUUUUGAUAAUGUCAACGUAACCGAUAUCAGCAAUCUUCCGUACACAUAUGACAGCCCCCUCGACUGGGCAUACGAAACUACGGAACAGGGAUUCGGCAAACGCCGCCAAGUGAUGCGUGCAGGGAAAGCGCUCGGAGGAACAAGCGUUAUGAACGGGGCGGCUUACGUCCGAGCUGAGAAAGGACAGAUUGAUGCCUUGCAUGAAUUUGGGAUCGACGGUUGGGACUGGGAUAGCCUCUUUCCCUAUUAUACAAAAAGUGAAAAUAUGACGACCCCCAACAAGACGCAGACAGAGGCCGGGGCGUCCAUCUGUCCUACUUACCACGGCAGCAGUGGGCCGGUGCACGUUGGUUUUAUGGAUAUACGAAAAGAGGAAUAUGACUUGACAGCGAGUAUGAAUCGCACAUUGGAGUCUUUGGGUAUUCCAUGGAAUCAGGACUUGAAUUCCGGGCACAUGCGAGGCUUUGCUCUUCAUCCUUAUACGGUUGAUGUAACUAAUAUUCGCAGUGAUGCGGCGAGAGCAUACUAUUGGCCCUAUGCGGAGAGACCAAAUCUGAGGGUUAAGUUGGAUACCUUCGUCUCCCGGAUCUUAUGGCAUAACGAGGAGGAUGGCAGUGAUAUUCGUGCUCAAGGAGUUGAAGUCUUUACCCAGGAAGGAAAUGGACGGCAAAUAAAUGUCGUUAAUGCGCGAAGGGAGGUCAUUAUGGCUGCGGGUGCAAUGAGAACACCUGCAAUUCUAGAGCUUUCUGGUGUCGGAAAUCCCAGAAUAUUGGAAAAAUAUGGUAUUCCCGUCCAGGUCAAUCUACCGAGCGUUGGCGAAAACCUGCAGGAUCAGCUCAAUACCUCCAUUGUCGUGUCUACUAAAACACCAAUAACGGGAACAAGAACAGUUGCUUUUGCUUCCGCAUCGGAUAUCUUCGGGUCAUCAGUCGAGUCAGUGGCUACCUUAGUUCGUUCACAACUGGAGGGAUAUGCCGAUAUUGCAGCCAGUAGUAGCAAUGGUGCUAUGACAAAGGAGGACCUGCUGAAGAUGUUCGAGAUCCAGCACGACCUUGUAUUCGACCAGGAUGUUCCAGUUGCUGAGUUUGUCUUUAUAUUGGAGAACGCCAAUACCAUCCACACUGGCUACUGGGGUCUGCUCCCGUUUGCGCGAGGAAAUGUUCAUAUUAGCUCCGCCGACCCCAUGGCACCACCGGUUGUAAACCCAAACUUCGGCCUUUUCGAGUGGGACGUCCAGGUACAGAUAGCCAUGUCCAAAUUCCUGCGCCAAAUGUACAAGAGUGGUGAGCUCAACAACCUAAUCAGCAAUGAAACUCUGCCUGGAUUUAAGGAGAUUCCAGAGGAAGCCUCGGAUGAAACCUGGAAGGAAUGGAUAGGGGAGCAAUAUACGCCCAACUACCAUGCCAUCGGAACGACGUCUAUGUUACCCCGCUCUAUGGGUGGAGUUGUCGACAGUCGAUUGAAGAUCUACGGUACCAGUAACGUACGCGUAGUUGACUCCUCCAUUCAACCGAUGCAGAUAGGUGGCCAUCCAACAGCUAAUCUCUACGCUAUUGCGGAACGUGUCUCUGACAUGAUCAAGGAGGAUGCCAUUACAACUACUAAGAGUAAAUUGAGCGCAUUCUAAAAGACGACGUGGUGACUCAGAGUGGUGUUCCUCCACAGUCAGAGGUAACUUGAGUCAUU